ACCAAGCAAAGACCAGCAGCACUCCAUCUGUCUGUGUCUGUCUGUCUUCUUCCCUUCUGCCAACAACUUUACCCAUUCUAAACCCAAACCCUAAUUCUCCGAUCCAUCUCACUUUGCAUUCUUUCCACCGAUUCCGCAAGGUUUUCAUCUCCAUUUUAGCUGCUGAUUCCUUUCUUCUUCCGAUUUCCAACUGAAUUCCAAAGAAAGGACACACUAUCCAAAGGAACUUUUCUUGAUAGAUUGAGCUGUCUGAGGAUCUUGUUAUACUAAUCUUAUGGAUCAACCUGUUGGAAACAAUAUAUCUGGAGGGCCUCUCUCAGGGGCCUCAAACGAUGCUAUAUACAAGGAACUAUGGCAUGCAUGUGCUGGCCCUCUUGUUUCUCUUCCUCGUGAAGGAGAGCGAGUUUAUUAUUUUCCACAAGGUCAUAUGGAACAGCUUGAAGCAUCCAUGCAGCAAGGAAUAGAACAACAAUUACCUUCUUUUAACUUACCAUGCAAGAUCCUUUGCAAAGUUAUGAAUGUCUUCCUGCGGGCUGAGCAAGAAACAGACGAGGUCUAUGCACAGAUUACUCUUCUCCCAGAAACAGAUCAAUUGGAGGUGACCAGCCCUGAUCCUCCUCUUCCAGAGCCUCCAAGUGUCAAGGUCCAUUCGUUCUGCAAAACACUCACUGCUUCUGACACAAGCACUCAUGGAGGGUUCUCUGUUCUACGGAGGCAUGCAGACGACUGUUUGCCUCCCCUGGAUAUGUCCCAACAACCACCAUGGCAGGAAUUAGUUGCAAGUGAUCUACAUGGCACUGAAUGGCACUUUCGCCAUAUAUUCCGAGGGCAACCUAGGCGCCAUUUGCUCACCACUGGUUGGAGUGUAUUUGUUAGUGCAAAGAAAUUAGUGGCUGGUGAUGCAUUCAUUUUUCUGAGAGGUGAGGAUAGGGAACUGCGUGUUGGUGUGAGGAGACUUAUGAGACAACAAAAUAACAUGCCAUCAUCUGUUAUAUCCAGUCAUAGUAUGCAUCUUGGAGUUCUUGCUACUGCAUCUCAUGCAAUAAAUACUGGGACACGUUUCUCUGUUUUCUACAAACCAAGAACAAGCCAGUCUGAGUUUAUCGUUAGUCUCAACAAGUUCCUUGAAGCACAGAAUUACAAGCUCUCUGUUGGAAUGAGAUUUAAAAUGCGGUUUGAGGGUGAGGAGAUCCCUGAAAGAAGGUUCAGUGGCACGAUUGUUGGUCUAGAGGAAAGUACAUCAUCAAGAUGGCCUAAGUCUGAAUGGAGAUCACUGAAGGUGCAAUGGGAUGAAUCUUCAUCCAUUUUCCGUCCAGAAAGAGUUUCACCAUGGGAAUUAGAACCACUAUUAUCUGCAUCCCCUCCAAACCCUCAACAGCCUCUUCAGAGAAACAAACGAGCACGGCCAACUGUCCUACCCUCUCCAGCAACAGGUCUUCCUGCAUUUGGCAUGUGGAUGAAUCAAGUUGAAUCUUCAUCCGGCUUCUCUUUUGGUGGUGGAACAGAACAACACCAUCCGCCCCCUAAAUUUGCUUCACGUGUAAAUAAUAGCUCCUUGCACUGGCCUAAUAACCGCCAAGUGGAAUCGACAACUGAAUGUGGCGGAAAGGUUCAGAGUGGUGACUGCAGGAUUUUUGGGGUUGAGUUCCGCGAUAAUUCCCAUGUUGAAGAAAAUUCAGUUGUAUCUGAAGCGAUGGUUGGUGAUCGGCCUGUGACUACUAAUAUGGAUGUUGUCGAAUCAUCAGUCAUGCAGUAUUAUGAUCCUUGCAAUCACUCUGAUAAUCCUUCUGUCAGCUGUGAGCCUGAAAAAUCUUCUGUCAGAUGCAGGCAGACUAGAAGCUGCACAAAAGUGCACAUGCAAGGAAUGGCAGUUGGGAGAGCAGUGGAUUUGGCUCGAUUUGAAAAUUACUACGAUCUGCUGAAGAAAUUAGAGGCCAUGUUUGAGAUUGAGGGAGAGCUCAGUGGUGAAUCAGCCAUGAAAUGGCAGGUGGUUUAUACAGACGAUGAGGAUGACAUGAUGAUGGUUGGUGAUGAUCCUUGGCAUGAGUUCUGCAAAAUGGUAAGGAAGAUAUUUAUAUAUACAAAUGAGAAAGUGAAGAAGCUAUCGCCCAAGACAAAACUACCUCCACUUACCAUAGAUGUCAAACCGUGCAAAUCUGGUUCUGUUGCUGAUCAGUCAUCAGAUGUAGGCCCAACCGAUGCAGCAUUAAUGAAUUAGGAGGGAAAUUGGAAUAGAAGAUGAACAUCAACUGCUUUUUAUAACAAGUAAGUUGUGCCCAUGCAUCCUGCCGUUUAAGAAUAUUCUUAUAUACAAAGCUGUGCUUUUUUUUUAUAUCUUUUUGAGUUCUUUAGGAGGAUACUUGAUGGCUUAGGCAGCCUAUACAUGUUUACUUGUGUGUGUAUAUAGAUAUAUAUAAUAAAUCUUUCUUAUGCAUAGCGUUUUUCUGUUCUUC